GACCCAACAGACCAUCAAAUCUGUAUUCAUUUGAAUACGGUCGCGAACAUCCUUCGAUACAGCAGUCUAUGAAGCCCUAGAGUGUCAGAUUUGCUUGGACAUCGUACACGCCGUAUUUUGAUUGUUAUCGACACUUGAAGCUCUCAACCUCGGUAGCAUACGUCCAAUUUCCUCAAGCGCUUAGACGCGCCCAGCAAACACCUGAGAAAGCCAAUUGGAUCACUUCGUCUACUUGUUUAAAUUGCUUCUCCAAAAGAGUCCAUUACGAGUUGGAAUGUGAAGUUGCAAAACCACGUGUCCUUCGACUAUCAGACAAUUGUGGACGAAGCUUGCGUUCUUCAGCAUCUGCGUGGAGACCUCAUCCUGGAAGCGCAAACUUAUAUCUUCUCGGCAUGACCCUACUUCCAUAGCAUUUGUUACCAAACUCAUUCACGAAAUUAUGGAGAGAGAAGUUGAUUCGAAUAAUAUCUCACAUGACUACGCUGGGGAAUUAGUCAACGAACCCGAAGAAAUACAAGCCGAACCCAAACUCGGGGGGCACAGAAGAACAUUAUCUGGAAACAUUAUGUCUAAACUAUCAUUCUUAUCAGGACCCCGCAGUCCAGGAUCUCCGCCUCGGGAUGAACCAAUGUCACCAAAGAGAUCAACUAGUAGAGCUAUGGCUGUUGCAGUCCAACAGCAAAAGACCCGGAGGAGAAAAGGUUCAUUAAGAAAAGCUGCACUUCUUGGUCGGGGAGCUCAAAGAGAUAGGAAAGAGUCAAAAACUAUUCCUCUAGAUCCCACGCAACACAGUCAAUACUCUAACAAUACAAUGCUAAAUCCCACUUCACCCGAGAAUAUUCGACCUGUGAAUGGUUUAGGAUUGGGAAUAUCCGACGCAACCCCUCGUACUUCCAUGGAAGGUUUAGCCAACAGGCAUAAUAACACUCUACUCCCACCUAUCAAAACUCUUCCCAUGGGUGCUAAUGACCAUAUCGUCACAUCACCAACAAGAGCUACAAGUCCAACUUUAACCUAUACAUCUACUACGGAUGAAGAGGACUUACUCAGUAUUCCAUCACAUAAUCUACCAGCUGCAGUUCGUGGAGGGCCACCAUCAUCUAGUUCAGAUUCGUACUUUCCACCCGGCGCAGGCUCUAUACUCCGUCGUCGGCCAUCUCAAAAACAGAAAUCUCCAUUAUCCAUAGGUGGACUUGCCGCAAGUCCACUCCCUUUACAAGAUGCCGAAUGGGAUUACUCGGAAACUGAAUGGUGGGGUUGGGUUAUACUAAUCGUAACAUGGAUUGUGUUUGUUACUGGCAUGGGUUCAUGUCUAGGUGUAUGGAGUUGGGCCUGGGAUGUUGGAGAAACUCCUUACGCACCUCCUGAGUUGGAGGAUGAUCCAACAUUACCGAUUGUAGGAUAUUAUCCCGCAUUGAUUAUUUUGACGUCAGUAAUGGCUUGGGUAUGGGUGGUUGUUGCUUGGGUUGGUAUGAAAUACUUUCGGCAUGCAAAAAUUAGUGGAGAUUGAAAUGCUAUAUUUAAUGAUAAUGUUAAUUUAAGGAUGAAGGGGUAUUCGGGAUUUUGUAAGGAUUUUAUCGAUGAUCAGGUUAAGUGAAGAUUGGCUUGCAAAGCAAACAAAAUCCAAUGAAUACGUACAACAUGCAAUGAAGAUGAAAAUCAUCAUGGACGGCCACUGGCCACAUGAAUUGACUCUUUUCAUCACUUAUAGAGCUCCCAUUCAAAGACGAAGUGGAACACCGGCUACAUUCCUGACGAAUCUGAUAUCGCAGGUUAUUGUUGAGCUAGGGAUACCAUCAAAUUUAUCACCAAAUCUAGUAAUAGAUAUCUCGUUGCCUUCCGAUCUGCUGAUAUUCGUGUACUUGAGGAUAUCUAUAUCUGGACAGGUCAUGCCAUACAGAUAUCUCUUGUUGACGCGAAGAGAAUACUCUCGCUGUUCAUUCUGAGGGACA